UUCUGCUCCAACUACAUUGGCUCAAUGUGAAAAGGAGAUCUUCUCUAAUGGAUGCCAUGACAAGAGGGAAUCCAUGAAGCUGAAAGUGAUCGCCUUCGUCGCGAUUUUGGUAUCCAGCGUGAUUGGCGUGUCUUUACCGCUGUUUUCUCGUUACAUGCCGUCACUUGCACCCGACCGGAACCUGUUCACCGUCGUUAAGGCGUUCUCUUCCGGUGUUAUUCUAGCGACCGGGUACAUGCACGUGUUGCCGGAUUCUUUCAACGACCUGAUGUCCGACUGUUUGCCCAGAAAUCCAUGGAAGAAGUUCCCUUUCACGACUUUCGUAGCGAUGUUGUCGGCUUUGUUCACCCUUAUGGUGGAUUCAUUUGCCAUGAGUUUAUACAAGAAACGUAGCGGUCCAGCUAACAAUGGAGCUACACAAGAAGAUGGGAAUAGAACAAUAGAGAAUCUUGAACACGGACAUGGCCAUGCACUGGACCUGAAUUAUACAUCAUCUCAAUUGUUAAGGCAUCGAGUAAUUGCUCAGGUAUUAGAGUUGGGAAUUGUGGUUCAUUCAGUGGUGAUUGGUCUUGCAAUGGGAGCCUCUGACAAUCGGUGCACCAUUCGAUCACUCAUUGCUGCUCUUUGCUUCCACCAAAUGUUCGAGGGAAUGGGACUGGGCGGAUGCAUACUACAGGCUGAAUACAAGUUCCGAAUGAAAGCAAUCAUGGUGUUCUUCUUUUCAGUCACUACUCCACUCGGAAUCGUUCUGGGAGUUGGUUUGACGAAGGUUUACAGCCAGACUAGCCCGACCGCGCUUAUUGUGGUUGGACUACUUAACGCUAGCUCAGCAGGGUUGCUGAAUUACAUGGCACUGGUUGAUCUCCUUGCAGCUGAUUUUCUAGGCCCUAAGCUUCAAAAAAUAUGA